CCCCCUCCUCCAGCUCGCUUUAAACAAGAGAGACUCCUCUGUCUGCCUCAAGGCGUAUCCGCUGUUGGAUCCUUCUCUGCUCUCGAACGGAUUUUUUCAGCAUUACAAAGUUGCAAUGGACAGCAGAGGAUAUGGUUCUGGUUACUCCAGCUGGGGAGGUGGAGGUUCAGGCAGCAGAGGUUCUAGUGGCUUUGAUAUGUAUGGCGGAGGUUAUAAGGACUCCAUGUCAGGGCUCGGGGGCUAUGGAGGUGGAGGAGGUGGAGGCGGAGGCGGCCAUAUGAAGAGAGGUCUCUCUGGAUCAUCCCUGCUCUCUUCCACCGGCACACAUGCAGACGCUGUUAUUGCAAAGAUCAAUCAGCGCCUUGAUAUGCUCACUCAGCUGGAGGGGGGUUUGAAAGGAUCUCGUGGUGACAGGUAUGACCAGUACGAGUCAUUCGACUCGCGCACCUCCUCCGCCCCCACCUCCUUCCGAGAUCUCUACAGAUCUGGUGGUGGUAGCUAUGGUUAUGGCGAUGGCCGUGGGGACAACAUGCUGUUGGGACAGCGAGGAGGCUCAGGCUUCGGAGGGGGAAUUGGGCUAGGAGGAGGAGGAGGCUUUGACAGCCCCUCUUCUUCCUAUGGCGUCGCUAAAAUGCGACAGAAUAUGAGAGAGUCCUUCAGCAGUGUCCAGGGAGGAGGUUCUGGAGGUGGAGGUGGAGGAUGGGCUGGAGCAGGCCGACGUUCCCCCAGAAGGGGUGGAAGUGCCGGGGGUCGAGGAGCUGGAGGAGGGUUUGGAAACCGCAGGUCUGACCCCACUCCAUUAGGCGGAGGCGGGCGGGGAAGUGGUAGCGGUGGCCAGUCCCACCGCGGCCACUCUCCCGGAGGUGGUAGAGGCAAGCUCCCAUCCCUCCUGUCCAACCGCAUGUACCCUGAAAGUGGGGGCUUCCAGGGUUCCAUUCAAGGCCCUCACGACUUUCCUGGGAGGCAUUUCGGAGGGGGCCCACGAGCUGGCCGCCAGCGAGGCCGCAAGAGACCCCUCAACAAACAGGUGAAACCACAGCGUGAUGUGCAGAAGAAGAGAAAGCAGACGCCGACAGCAGGCGAUGAACCCGAGUCCAAGAUGAAUAAGACAGAAAGUGCAGGGUCAGAAGCUACCGAAGAACAAUUAGAGAAAAAUGGUGAUGCCAGUGAACCCAAGACUGCAGCUGUGGAACCUGCUGCAGAGGGAGACAAAGCUUCAUCCAAACAGGAAGAAAAGAAAAGUCCGCAGGGCAAACAGACCUCAACCCCAGGUCAGGACAAGCACCCAAAAAUGAGGAAGAGGAGGGGCUUCCUAGAGAGGGUGAUGUUUGCGUGCUCUGUGUGUAAAUUCCGCUCAUUCUACAAGGAGGAAAUGGAAACUCAUCUGGAGAGUCGUUUCCACAAAGACAGCUUCAAGUUCCUCUCCAGCCAACUGUCCAAGCCCACUACAGACUUCCUACAGGAGUAUUUGCUAAACAAGUUCACAAAGACGGAGCAGAGGGUAAGCCAGCUGGAAAACCACUGCGCUGCCAUCUGCCAGGUUUACAAAGAGCAAGACCUCACGAGAGAUCUUGGUAUGGAGCACUUCAUGAGGAAAGUGGAAGCUGCCCACUGUGCAGCAUGUGACCUCUUCAUUCCCAUGCAGCCCCACCUGAUACAGAAACACAUCAAGUCUCCCGACCAUAACUACAACAGAAAGGGUAUGAUGGAGCAGUCAAAGAGGGCCAGUCUAUCAGUUGCUCGCAGCAUCCUCAACCACAAACUCAUUGGCAAGAAGCUGGAGAGCUACCUUAAGGGUGAAAACCCAUUCACUGGUAACCAAGAUGAACAGGACCCAGAGGACUCCAUGGUGAUGGACGUGUCUGAGAUGGACUUAACCAGCGAAACAGCAGAUGGCCAGACAGAAGCUACAGAGGAACCGUCGGCUGAUGGAGAGACAAGCCAGGAGGUGGUCGAUGGUGAAGAAGAAGCAGCAGCAGUAGAGGAGGAAAAGAUGGAGGAGGAGCCAGUCAUUGAAGAAGAGGAGCAGCAGGGCAACCAGGAAGAGGAGGAAGGUUUUGAAGUUGGAGAAGAAGAGGAGGAAGAAGAGGGAUUUGUGGUUCAUGAUGAGAUUGGCGAAGAGGGAUUACCUGGCGAGGAAGGGGAGGAAGGAGAGGAAGGAGUUGAGGCAGCAGAAGCUGAGGAGGAAGAAGACAAGAAUGAUGAAUGACUUUUGCAGCCCGGAGCAGUCCCUGAGCCAUUCAAACCCAUUUCAUUGCCAGGCGCAUAUUAAAAAGAUAAACCUACCUGUUCCUUCUGUCUAUUGACUCUAAGCUUGUAUAUUUUUACUUUUUUUUGUUAAAUUAAUAGUUCUUCAUUUUGGGAAAUGGUCUUAUUCUAUUUGUUCCAAGUUAGGAUGACACUAUUUAACUGUCUUGUGUAUUUCUAACUGCUCCUUUGGGAGUGUUGGCAGAAACCAGACUUGAGGGAGCUGGCUAGUGGAUUCCCUCAAGUUCAAAUUUUCGCAAUCAAUUUUUGUUUUUUAGACUUUUUCUUGUGCCUUUUUUUGUUAGUUUUCUUCAUUUAGAUUAUUGUUUGAGUUAUCAUGAGUGUUGAAACUUUGAAUUGUACUGUGUACUUUUUUUUUUUUUCUUAUUUUUUUUUUUUAAUGCCAUAACGUCUGUUGAUGAUCAUGAGCGGAUGAAUUUACAACAUUUUUUUUUUCCAACCUAGAAUGGCUGUGUGCUUUCUGUUCUACAGUUGAGAUGAUGUUUGAGGGCACUGUGACUAUGGAGUGAGUACAGAAUAUUCAUAAUUAAUAUGUAACAUGUAACAACUUUAUUCCUGUCUGAGUAGGAAAUAAACUUGUUGAAUAAAUUCCUGUUUCACUGUU